AUGUACAACGGUUUUUUCCUAGAAUGUUCCAUGCCUUUGGAGUAUUGCGACUACUCCGGAAUCACUGACAAAUGCCGAAAAUGGGCAGAAGAUCAUGCUCCAGAAGCACUUGAAGGUCUUGAGAUUGCACCAGAAGGAGAGGGCGAAGAGAAGAAACACCAAAAAAGAGGCGGCAAGGGUACAGUUAAGGUUGAAAAGAAGAAGACAGCCACAGCAACGAAAAUCACUCUGCAGAGAGAACCUCGUGGAAAGAAGAGUGUGACUGUUAUUAGAGGAUUAGCAGGCUUCGAAAUUGAUCUCAAACAAGCAUCGAAGCUGUUUGCUCAAAAAUUCGCAUGUGGUAGUUCCGUCACGGGUGCUGAUGAAAUCGUCAUACAAGGUGAUGUGAAAGAUGAUAUCUUUGACAUGAUUCCGACUAAAUGGCCACAGGUAUCCGAAGACAUGAUUGAAGACCUUGGUGAUAAGAAGCGAUAG